AUGGCCUACGGGCGGCGUCUCGCCGUGGGCGCGCGCGUGGCGCGGGGGGCGUGGGGCCUGGGCCGCGCGGCCUCGAGCUUCCCGGCGCCGGGGCCGGGCGGCGCGGACGUGGCGGAGCUGCUGCGGGAGGCGGCGGGGGACGAGGCCCGGGCGAGGGCGGCGCGGCGGCCGCCCGACCGGUGCUCCGUGCUGCUCUUCCCCGGGCAGGGCAGCCAGGCCGUGGGCAUGGGCCGCGGCCUGCUCGAGUUCCCGCGCGUCCGCGAGCUCUACGAGGCCGCCAGCCGCGUGCUGGGCUACGACCUGCUGGAGCUGAGCCUGCGCGGCCCGCAGGAGGACCUGGACCGCACCGUGCACUGCCAGCCCGCCGUCUUCGUGGCCUCGCUGGCCGCCGUCGAGAAACUGCACCACCUGAGGCCCGAGGUCAUUGAGAACUGCGUUGCUGCCGCCGGGUUCAGCGUGGGGGAAUUUGCAGCCCUUGUGUUUGCUGGGGCCAUGGAAUUUUCCGAAGGUCUGUACGCGGUGAAGGUCCGCGCCGAGGCCAUGCAGGAGGCCUCGGAAGCGGCCCCCAGUGGGAUGCUGUCGGUCAUCGGCCAGCCCCAGACCAAGUUCGCCUCCGCCUGUUUGGAAGCGCGGGAGCACUGCAGGUCUUUGGGUAUAGAGGACCCGGUGUGCGAGGUGUCCAGCUUCCUCUUCCCGGACUGCAGGGUGAUCUCCGGACACCUAGAGGCCCUGCGGUUUCUCCGGAACAACGCCUCCCGGUAUCACUUCCGGCGCGCCAGGCUGCUGCCGGUGAGCGGCGCCUUCCACACGCGCCUCAUGGAGCCCGCCGUGGCGCCCCUGACCCAGGUGCUGAAGACCGUGGAGCUGAAGCAGCCGCUGGUGGCCGUGUACUCCAACGUGAGCGGGCACCGGUACGCGCACCCCGCGCACAUCCGGCAGCUGCUGGGCCGCCAGGUGGUGUCCCCCGUGAAGUGGGAGCAGACCAUGCACGCCAUCUACCAGAGGAAGAAGGGCACCGCCUUCCCCAGCACCUUCGAGGUGGGCCCCGGGGCGCAGCUCGGGGCCAUCCUGAGGAGCUGCAACCUGCCGGCCUGGAAGGCCUACAGCCACGUGGACGUGAUGGAGCCCGGCGCCCCCGAGGCCCUGCCGUGACCCCGUCUGUGGGCUGCGGGGGCGGGGGGAGGGGAGGCAGAGCACAGUGUCAGGGACGGCGUCCCCGGCCGCCUCUCGCCACCCCGCACCGGCUGGGGGUCUGAAGGGCUGGCCCCGCGCGCCCCGUGUCUGCCCCGCGGUCCCCGGGGCACUCCACCGCCCCCCACACAGCCUGCAGGCUGAGAUCUGAGGACCGCGGUUCAAAGCCUACCUGGGC